UUUUGUUGCAGGGCCUGGUGGUGGUGCGGAUGUGCGGGCGUUUGAGCUGCUGCGGCAUGGGCAUGGCAGCAGUACUGUGAUUCGUUUUCUUGGUAUAUUCAGAGGCGACUUGCUGCCGUGAGGCUGCUGUGAUUAUCGUAGUUGCGGAUUGCGGGACGCGUGAUGGAGUCCCGGAUGGAUCAGUACGAGAUCAUGGAGCAGAUUGGGCGCGGUGCCUUCGGCGCAGCCAUCCUCGUCAAUCACAAGAUUGAGAAGAAGAAGUACGUGCUGAAGAAAAUUCGUCUCGCGAGGCAGACGGAGCGAUGCCGAAAGUCUGCUCAUCAAGAGAUGGCUCUGAUUGCUCGACUACAGCAUCCUUACAUCGUUGAAUUCAAGGAGGCUUGGGUUGAGAAGGGUUGCUAUGUCUGCAUCAUCACGGGCUACUGUGAAGGAGGAGAUAUUGAUGAGCUGAUGAAGAAACUGAAUGGUACUUACUUUCCUGAGGAGAAACUGCUGAAAUGGUUUGCACAACUGGUCUUAGCUGUUGACUACUUGCAUUCGAACUAUGUCUUGCAUCGUGAUCUGAAGUGCUCCAAUAUAUUUCUCACCAAAGAUCAUGACAUACGCCUUGGCGAUUUUGGCCUAGCCAAGACUCUGAAGGAAGACGAUUUAACUUCUUCAGUCGUUGGAACACCAAAUUACAUGUGUCCGGAGCUACUUACAGAUAUUCCCUAUGGGUUCAAGUCGGACAUCUGGUCGCUUGGAUGUUGUAUGUAUGAGAUGGCAGCUCAUCGACCUGCUUUCAAAGCCUUUGAUAUGGCAGGAUUGAUAAGUAAGAUAAAUAGGUCCGCCAUGGGUCCCUUGCCUACCUGCUACUCUUCUUCUAUGAAGUCUCUUAUCAAAAUAAUGUUACGGAAGAAUCCUGAGCAUCGACCUACUGCAUCAGAGAUCAUGAAGAAUCCAUAUCUGCAACCUUAUGUUGAUCAAUGUCGUGCUCUUUAUGAUGCUUCAAAUCCUGUGCGCACACCACAGAAAUCAUUGUCCACUUCACGAAGCAGUCAGAGAAGCAUGUCGGAGAGCCAAAGCAGUAGCAUUUCUAGUAGUGAUAUAGAUAGCACAUUAUCAAGUGACAGAAGCACAUCUGGUGGAGCCGCAAGUACUGAUAUCAAGGUCGUUGAUACUCGAAGCAUCCAUGAUGCUGAUCAGGAUGACUCAGAAGAAAAGUGUACAGCACCAGAAGAUCUCAGAGGCAACAAAGACACAUCGUAUGUUCAACUGAAAAGACAAGAUUCGUCCAAAUCCAUAGAUCAGCAUCCCAGAGGCGAGAGUAAGCAACCAAAAAUUAUUGAGAAGAUAAUGACAACCUUAAGAGAGGAGAGCAGGCUUAGAGAAAGCAGUACUCCUGCAAGAACUAGAGAUGCAAAGCUGAGUUCUGCAGUCAGUAAUAAGAAAGAAGCAGAUCAAUCAUCAGAUACUUCAAGGUUCCACAACAAUGCUUCAUCCAGAUCAAAGUCUGGUGAUAAUUCAUCUCAUGGGUUGACCAAUACCAACAAUGGAUGCGUGAAUUCAGUACAAGCAUCACCACCCUUAAAGCAGCUGUUACCUAUUGUUGAAUACCGUUCAAAUGCCAAAACUGCUCGGUCAUCAACUCCUGAACCUGCCAAACAGGCCGCAGAAAAUGGUUCUAUAGUUUCAGGAAAGCCAAAAAUCAAGACCCCGCCUAGUGCUAGUAGACGGUCUAGCCCUCAGAGACGAGCAGGAGUAGGGAUGACCAGCCUCCCGCUCACUGUGCAAAAAGGAGCUCAUACUAAGGUCAUGGCGGAGGGUGAGAAAAGUCAAUUCCAACCUGCCCAUUCUCCAGGUAGUAUCCCUGUUGGUCUUACACCUAAUGCAAGGGUAUCCAAAAAUCCUUCAGAAGGUUUGAACAUCAUGCUAGACAACUCACAUGCAAGAUCUGCUCCCCGGGAAUUGUUUACUGUAGCGACUAAGGAAGACACCAGUCCUUCCACAAGUUCUACAGUUGGUUGUGUUGAAAAGUUCGACCAGCCUGAGCUAUCUGAACCUCACAUACCAGCCUGCUUGAUUUCAUCGCCCACAGGCUCAGUGCCUGGUGAUACUGCCCUGGAAAAUAAUGACCUUACAGCCAUACCAUGUUCAGAAGUUUACACAGACAAUGUGCAGAAGGGUGUGUUCACUAAUGGUAAUUCAAGCCUGAUCACUGCUUUGGAUCCAUCCAUUCCAAGCUCUGAACCAGAUUUUGUUUUCAAGGAUGAUUUACAAUCCAGUAAGCAAGUGCAGAACCUGGCCACAUUGCAAAGUGGAGAGGAUAAAUUUACUGUCCAAGAGCUCCUUUCAUCGACGCCAACAUGCGCUGAUUCUUUUGUCUCAACGUCAGAAGAUACAAUGUUGGAGAGGGGGCCUAAUUCUACUCAGUCAAUGAAGAAUCAGACCGGCUCACAAUUAAAUCCACUGGUUGAUGAUGUUGUACAGAAUAUUCGACAUGUCAAUCUCAAUGUUAGCAAUGAGCAGCCAAUACCAGACAAUGUUCAAAGGGAAGCUCAUAACAUGGAUGUCAGCAAACUUCUGAAUGUGGUAAGAAAAGAUCUGGAUGUAAGAAGCAGCUCUUGCUCACCGAACACUCUAGCUGCUACACUUCCACCCUCAGCUGCUUCCGACCUGCAUGUUUCGGACGGCAAUAUUGCCUGCAAGAUACCAGCCAUCUUAGAUGCAGCAAAGUUAGCUGCUGGUGUCAAGGAAGAGACAUCCCCUGCUAAGGAAAUGCUAGAUGUCACGUCGUUUAGGCAGCGGGCCGAGGCCCUCGAGGGGCUCCUGGAGCUCUCCGCGGACCUGCUGGAAGACAACAGGCUGGAGGAGCUUGCGAUCGUUCUGAAGCCGUUCGGGAAGAUCAAGGUCUCCCCUAGAGAAACGGCGAUCUGGCUGGCCAGAAGUUUUAAAGGGAUGAUGAACGACGAAUCAGCAAGUCGCAUGUCUACGUGAUCAUUUGUAUUUUGUAGCAUUUGAGGCUCUUUUUUUUUCUGUUUGUUUGCUUGCUUGAUGGCCCCUUGUGCUCUGAGCUUGCUGGAAACCUCGCUUGGUUUUUAUAACAGCGUGUGGUCUGGUUUUGCCUUUUGAUGAUUCAACCAUUCUUUGUGGCGUAUGUUGUACAUAGCCGAGACCUGUAAACAGAAAUAAAAUUUCCUUCAGUGCUGCAAAA